GGGAGAAUGACUUCCAUCAAUGACACCCACUUCCAUCCCCCCUUGUUUCACCUGCUAGGAAUCCCAGGACUGGAAACUGUACAUAUCUGGAUUGCUUUCCCAUUCUGCAUUGUGUACCUGAUUGCCCUUGUGGGGAACAUCACCAUUCUCUUUGUGAUCAAGACUGAACACAGUCUCCACCAGCCCAUGUUCUACUUCCUGGCCAUGUUGUCUAUGAUCGAUCUGGGUCUGUCCACGUCCACCAUCCCCAAAAUGCUGGGCAUCUUCUGGUUCAACCAACAAGAGAUCAGCUUUGGGGGCUGCCUUGCCCAGAUGUUCUUUAUCCACAUGUUCACAGGAAUGGAGACUGUUCUCCUGGUGGCCAUGGCUUAUGACCGCUUUGUUGCCAUCUGCAACCCUCUCCAGUACACCAUGAUCCUCACCAAUAAAACCAUCAGCAUCCUAGCUUCUCUUGUUGUGGGAAGAAAUUUAAUUCUUGUGACUCCAUUCGUGUUUCUCAUUCUGAGGUUGCCCUUCUGUGGGCAUCACAUCAUCCCUCAUACGUACUGUGAGCACAUGGGUCUUGCCCGGUUGGCCUGUGCACCCAUCAAGGUCAACAUUAUCUAUGGGCUCAUGGUGAUUUCUAAUAUCAUUGUGGAUGUGAUCCUGAUUGCCUCCUCCUAUGUGCUUAUCCUUCGAGCUGUUUUCCGCCUUCCUUCUCAGGAUGCCCGGCUAAAGGCUCUCAAUACCUGUGGUUCUCAUGUCUGUGUCAUGCUGUGCUUUUACACGCCAGCUUUUUUUUCUUUUAUGACACACCGUUUUGGCAGAAACAUUCCCCGCUAUAUCCACAUUCUUCUGGCUAAUCUUUAUGUGGUUGUCCCACCGGCCCUUAAUCCGGUCAUCUAUGGAGUCAGGACCAAACACAUCCGAGAGAGAGUUGUGAAGAUAUUUGUACAGAAAUAA